AUGGCGACCGACCGUGCUCAGUUCCCUCUCUAUCCCGCAGUCGCCGUCCCUCUUCCUCAAGGCAUUCCUACCGAGGGCCCUGCUGACCACCCCGAGGGGCCUCCUUCCCGCGACUACACAUAUGAAAACCACUACAACCUCCCAUCCACCUCAGCCCACCACCAAAUGCCCCCUCCAUCCAAUUCUCGCCAGAGCCCCUCCAGGUACACCCCCAAUGCUACCGAGCUCUACAUCCAGGCCCAGCAGCAGCAGCAACAGCCACCCCUGCCACAGCCCCCUGCCAUCCGCCGUCGCAACGAGGCCCACUUCGUCUGCCCCGUCCCCGGUUGUGGAAGCACCUUUACUCGUCGUUUCAACCUCCGAGGGCAUUUACGAUCGCAUACCGAGGAGCGGCCGUACGUCUGCGACUGGCCCGGCUGCAAGAAGGGCUUUGCACGGCAGCACGACUGCAAGCGUCACCAGGCGCUCCAUGCCGCCAAAUCCCAGUCCAACGUCUGCCAGGGCUGCAAGAAGACCUUCAGCCGCCUCGAUGCCUUGAACCGUCAUCUGCGUUCCGAUGGCGGUGCAGAGUGUAGGGCUUCCAAUCCCAAAUUUGCCGCUGGUAUGUCGGACGACCCCGCCCCGGCGCUCUCCAGCUCGGGCGGCGGUGGCCAAGGUCCCAGUCGCGAGCACGCCCUCCAAUGA